GCCCAGAUGAAAUCCCAGAUGUUUACAUCGUGGAGCGUCUGUUCUCCAGCAGCCUUGUGGUUGUGGUCAGCCAUGCCAAGCCACAGCAAAUGAAUGUCUACCACUUCAAGAAAGGGACAGAGAUCUGCAACUACAGCUAUUCCAGUAACAUCCUGUCCAUCCGGCUGAACCGGCAGAGGCUGGUGGUCUGCCUGGAGGAGUCGAUUUACAUCCAUAACAUCAAGGACAUGAAGCUUUUGAAGACGAUUCUGGAUACACCUCCCAACACAACAGGUCUGUGUGCUCUCUCCAUCAAYCACGCCAACUCGUACUUGGCUUAUCCCGGCAGCGCGACCAGCGGAGAGAUCGCGCUUUACGACGGAAAUACUUUGAAAACUGCCUGCUCCAUUCCUGCCCACGACGGGCCUCUGGCCGCCCUCACCUUCAACUCCACCGGCUCCAAGCUGGCCAGUGCUUCUGAAAAAGGCACAGUCAUUCGUGUAUUUUCCAUUCCUGGGGGGCAAAAACUCUAUGAAUUCCGGCGAGGGAUGAAAAGGUAUGUGAACAUCAGCUCGCUGGUGUUCAGCAUGGACUCCCAGUUCCUCUGUGCUUCCAGCAACACCGAGACCGUGCACAUCUUCAAACUGGAGCAUCUCACAGACAGCCGGCCCGAGGAGCCUCCAACCUGGAGUGGUUACAUGGGGAAGAUGUUCCAGGCUGCCACCAACUACCUCCCUGCCCAGGUGUCGGGCAUGAUGAGCCAGGACCGAGCCUUCGCCACCGUGCGGCUCAACAUCUCCGGCCAAAGGAACAUCUGUGCGCUCUCCACGAUUCAGAAGCUGCCUCGGCUGUUGGUGACGACGUCGGAUGGACAUCUCUACAUCUAUAACUUGGACCCGCAGGAUGGAGGGGAGUGUGUCUUGAUCAAGAAUCACAGUCUGCUCGGCUCAGGAAAGAUGGAGGAGAACAAAGAAAAUGACCUUCAGCCUCCAGUACCUCAAUCUUAUGCAGCAACCGUAGCCAGACAAAGUACAGUGCCUUCAACUUCGACCAUGCCAGGUUACUCGGAGGACGGCGGAGCCCUGCGGGGGGAGGUGAUCCCGGAGCACGAGUUUGCAACUGGACCUGUCUGUCUGGACGAUGAGAAUGAGUUCCCUCCUGUGAGCAUUCGGGACCCCUAAACCUGCAGUGCAGCCCUCAUGCUAAGAAGGAAAUAAUCUUGUGCCGUGGAGGUCAGCCGGGCAAGGCGAAGAGGUCGUGAGGAGGAGCAAAAACAUCCACGCUUAGGACAGCUGCUGGGAGGUGCUUUGGAAAAGCCAGGAGUUUCGAAGAACAGAUCUGUGAGUCCCCAGUCAAGAAAAAAAAAAUAAA